CCACGCGAGAGACGCACGGCGCACGACGUGAAAGAGGUGGAAAUUUGGUAGAAAAUCGCGUUUGUUUUCCUUUCGUGGCUCGCGUUCGCGGAUCGUUGGCAUUUUUGUGCGUCGUCAAAAAAAAAAGUUCCAAUUUUGCACUGCAAAUCAUUUCGGGGAACAGAGUGUUCAGAGUUCGCGGGCCAAAAUUUUCCCCGAAAGGCAUUUCGUUACGCGGUCGCGACGUCCGAAAAGUGUCCGUAAAUGUGGCGCAGCAGUGAAGAUGACCGAAAUACUGCAACAAGACAUCCAGCAGCUGCUGGAAUAUUUCUCCAAAAAUCUAUACCGUGCAAAGGAGUGCGAUGUUGGCGAUGAAAUCGUGCAUCGAUGCAGUGUGCUGAUGCGAAUGGACUACAGCGUAGUCGACAUCCCGAAUCCGAACGGUGAACUCUCGGCACACUACCCGGUCAAACUGCUGAUCCCCGAGCAGGAAGUGAAAAAGACUUAUCCCCUCGGGACAAACGUAACCGAUACGUACGGCGAGUACAAUCCAGGCGACGUCACUACCAACGCUCGCAAUGGAGAGGGCUCCGAUGCCAGAUGUUCGCCGCCAAACCGCGAUCAGGUGAUCGUCGAUGGCAAGCUGGACGCGCAGCGGUUACGGUACUUGAUAUUGCGGGCGCGACUAGCACGGUGCCGGGCUCGGUUUCCACUGCCGGUUAUCCUGUACAAUGGGAAAUAUGUCUGCCGAUCGGCAACGCUAUCCGGUGGACCGGAGAUCUACGGUCGGUCCGGAUUGGAGUACUUUGCAUACGCAGCGGAAGCUACGUUACCGGAACCUGGAGAUUCCAUUUCCGAUCCUGAACCAGACGAAGCCUACGAAGCACAGGAAGAAUCUUCGUCGGACGAACCGGAAUCCAAAGAUUGGCCACUAUUUGGGCGGUUGCGCAGGAAAGACAUCCGUCUGCUGAAAGCACUCAACGUAGGAACCAUCAUCGAUUUUAUGGUGGAGAAUAAGAAAGUUAAGUUCUGGCUGAACGUUACCUCAUCGGAGAAAGUGGACAAAGAAAAUCGGUACAGCUUCUUUAAGAUACUUGCACUGCCUUAUCCUGGUUGCGAAUUCUUCCGGGAGUACCGCGAUAACAACUGUCACGGUGAGGGACUGAUAUUCGAUUGGAACCAAUCGUACGUGGACGCAGGAAUUCGCGUUCCCGAGGACACGGUUACGGCUCAGUUGAAUAUUGACUGGCACAACUACAAACAGUGGGAUCUUGUGAAAAUAACUCAAAACUAUCUUCGAUUGCUGCUCAAGUAUCUACAGGAGAGCAGUUCCGGCAUAUUGGUCCACUGUAUCAGCGGUUGGGAUCGAACGCCGCUGUUCGUAUCGCUGUUGAGAAUAUCUCUUUGGGCGGAUGGUGCAAUUCAUCAGUCGUUGGAUGCGGCUCAGAUGCUCUACUUUACGAUCGCGUACGAUUGGCUGCUAUUUGGCCACAAUUUACCCGACCGGCUGAACAAGGGCGAAGUCAUAUUCUACUUCUGUUUCUACAUACUCAAAUACAUCGUUGACGAGGAGUACAGUGUCUUAACUCACAGAUUCCGAAGUCAACACAGUAGCGGUAGCAGUAGUAUAGACGUGAUUAGAACCGAUAGCGAUAGUAUGCUCGAUGCACUGUUGCUGGACGGUGAAAGCCGAGGAUCCAGCGUCUCGUUGAACUCGGUGUCUAGCUACACAAGCGGGAGAAGCUCAUCGACGCACGAUACGCAGACGUGCGUGAGUACCGGCAUCGGAUUGACCAGCGGUGGGGCAAGCAAUAGUAUAGCAAUCACAACCCGCAAUGGAAAUGCUAGGAUCGGUGCGGGCGGUGCGCACGGUUGCAACGUCGACGAUAGCGUAAACUCAUUGAAUGGCAAUAACGGUUUUUCAGCACAUAGUCAUGGUAGUGGUAGCAGUAUUGGAUGCAUAUCUCACGAUAGCUCAAACCACAAUAAUCAAUGGUCACCGCAACCAAGAAGAACUAGUCCCGUAACAGUGCCAAGCGCAAACAGGCUAAGACAACGCCAGGAGUCUUCGUCGUCGCUUUCGGUUGGAAGCUGGCAGAUGGUCACCGGUACCGGAAGCUAUCGUAGCGCCGAGUCAGUUAACGAAAUGCAUUCCCAUCUGCAGCAGAAUCCCGGAUAUAACUGCCCUAACCCUCAACAUCAUCACCAUCAGCAUCAACACCAGCAGCAGCAGCAUCAGACCUGCACCAGCAACCAAACGCCCAGUAAUAAUGCGUCACCGUUCUACCCGCAGCAGCAGGGUGGCAUCAAUCCAGGGCCAUCGAACAGCGCUUCCACCACACCAAAUGCCAACCAACAUCAUCCCAGUCAGGAGUCAAGUUGCUGUACGGUCAUCGACGGCGAGUACUACCCGAGCCAUCUCGACCUAUACGCCAUACGACGCGAACGCCUCACACAGCUGCGGACGCUGUUCUACAACUGUUACUUCUCAACGAUUGCAUUCAAGUUCAACUCCGGUCCGGAUUCCGCCCUCGGCAGUUUGCUGGGGAACUUUGCCGAAAAGGUUGGCCUAGCGAGUCGAACUUCCGUCUAGACUUCAGACAGCGUAGAUAUUUUGGGCCGCGUGUGUCUUCCGUUUUAACGAUAGUUACGAAAAAAAAGAAGUCUCUCUCUCUAUCUCUGUUCUGAUCGAAAAUGAAACCAAUGAGGAGCCUCCGAUAACCCGAAGGAAUGCUUUUGUAUAAGGCAAACUUUGUCGACAGUGGGAAUAAAUAACGAAACACACCGAAGUGAUGUUCAUUUCAGAUAUUCGAUGUAACUAUUACAUGCUAUAAUAACCGCGCGAUUAUUGAAGAGGAAGUAGUGUAGGGUUCUAUUAUGCGAUGAUUUAGAAAGAUUGAUCGGAUUAUAGAGAAGAAAAAAAAAGAAGAUUUAAUUGCGAAAGAGGGAGUCGCUUUUUGACUAUUUCAUCUAUAAGUUAUUAUCGUUGUUGAUACUGUAUUACAUUUUGUGGAUAAUUUGCCUUGUUUAGUAGAAGAAAACAAACGUGCUAGAAGAUUUUAUAUUUACUAUUUUUUUUUUACUUUCUCAUUUUAACUCGCAAACAUUUACCGCAUAAAAAAAAAAACCAAGAAACAAUAAAUCACUAAUUUCCAAUAAUAGACGGUCAUCCUCGUGUAAACUACACUUAUCAGGAAAAAAUAUAUUGUGAACAAUAAACAGAUACAUUUUGCAUUUAAAA